AUGGCGUGUUUCACAUCACCUGGCCUCGCUAAAGAUUAUCAACAUCUAGCACGGCAAUAUCCUACAUGCAAGAAAUGUUCAAUCAACAAACCGCCAAGAACGCAUCAUUGCCGUUGGUGUAAUGCUUGUGUGUUGAGAUUUGAUCACCAUUGUCCAUGGCUGAAUAACUGUGUUGGCUUUUAUAAUCAUCGAUAUUUCUUUCAAUUUUGCUGUUUUAUGUCUAUUGGAAGUUUUUACGCUACGAUUUUCGGCUUUCGAGAAUUUCAAAUCAGUCGUUUGGGUAUACAACUAUUUCGACAUAUUGACGCAUUCUAUAAAAUACCAGAUAUUCUAGAAGUCUUGGGCGUUGACGGAUUCGUGACGUUCUACAUAUUCAUUUUGGCAUUACCAGUCGCUUGCGCUUUAUUUGGUAUGAGCUGCUGUCAUGGGCAUAUGAUUAGUCAAGAUCGAACGUUAGUGGAAAGUUUAGUUAAUGAAAAGAGUGACGAUAGUUUGACAAGUAAUAAAAAGACAAGGAUGGACAAUUGGAGACAAUUUCUUGGCGUCAGCACACUUUCUGAAUUUAUCGGACGAAAUCUCUUCCCGAGCACGCACAAACCAAAAGGAAAUGGUAUCACAGCAACGAACUAUUAUGAUGGCAAUGUCAAUUUACUUUCCAAUCACGAUGAACACGGUUCUUAUGCAUCGAAUAUCUACAAUCGUAUUUCGGAUAAUUAUUUGGUUAAGAAAUAUCAUUCGGAAUUGUCGGUAUGGAAUAAACCGCAAGUUUUGUCAAGAGAAUGGAGAAGUAUUGUACAAACAUGUUGA